AUGUCCACAGCCCGAUCAGCCAGCCUCCCUAGCGAAGAGGCUGAUUUUCCUUCCGACCAAGAGACUGAGAAGCAGCAGCAGCAGCAGCAGCAGCAGCAGCAACAACAGACUCUGCAGCCCGUGAGCGAGAGCGGUAAUCCGUGGGUGACGACCCGGGGAACGCUGCCGCGGGCGUCUCGUCGACUGCGCGCCGAGUACCGGUCAAGAUCACAGCCGCGCAAGGGGCGGACGGGGUCGAAAAUGACCUGA